AUGGUAAAGCUUACUCCCCUUGUGGGCUUGAUUUCUUUCACAUGCGCGAAUUCUAUCGAUAUAGAUGUGAUUAAGAAUUUACGAGCCAUUGAAAACUAUGAAAGAGCAAAUGGCCCGAUGUCUUUCGAAGAAGUUCUUCUGAGGGCUGAAAGCCAGGGUUUUGAUUUGAAAGCAUUGUUGGAAGAGAGAGGAAUAACUAGGGAAGAUAUUGAAGAAGCCAAAGAUAAUGCCCAUCUGAAUGGCGACGACCUUAACGGUGAUGGCUUCAUCGAUGAUUUUGAAGAAGAGCAAGCCGCAGACCCUUUCUUUGAAGAAUUCGAUAUUCUCUCUCCUGGAAAUAAUUUUCAUAUGAUGCAAAAGAGCAAGAAGUUCGACGAUCUUCAGUCGACAAUAGGCGCCAUCAUGAAUUUAAUUUUACCCCGCCCAACGGACCCACCAAGAACCCGACCACCUAUGCCAUGGGAAGCUACUACCGAGACUCCUCCUACUCCAGAAUGGGAUAAUUGGAAAGAGUGGCAGUCUUGCUCGAAAUCAUGCGGAACAGGAGUUCAGAAGAGAUUCCGCGUAUGCAGAAAUAGCCAAUAUGGCGAAUGCAGUGGUAACGCUCGACAACAGAGACACUGUAACAAGCACGAUUGCGUCGGAAGCGAAUGGGCGCCGUGGAAUCCCUGGACUCCUUGCAGUAAAUCGUGCAACAAUGGAAUGCAGAUCCGAAAUAGAGUCUGCAAUCGCGUCAACGGUGCGCCAUGCAAGGUGCUCAACGGAGUCAAAAAUAUGCAGUUUGAUAAUUGCAAUACCCAAAGCUGUUUCGCCAAUCAAUCAAAAUGGACAAACUGGGGUUCUUGGAGUCAGUGUGGCAAAAGUUGCGACGGCGGUUUCAGAAUAAGACAACGAGUUUGCCUCCGAGAUGCUGGCUCACCCAACUGCCCGGGUAGCAACGUUGAUAGUGAGAGAUGCAAUACCGAGCCCUGCAAAAAGGUGUCUGGGCCGAUCGGAGAGUGGACUCAGUGGUCAAGCUGCAACAAGACUUGUGGGAUCGGGAAAAAGACAAGAACUCGUACAUGCAGCUAUAGCCCAGGAAGAUGCCGAAGAUUUAAGCUAGAGGACGAACAGCAAUGUUUUGCUGGAGUUAAAACGCGAAUUCGAAAGUGCAUUGGGGGUGUUCCAGGAGUCGGUGGAUGCAACGGAUCUUAUGAAGAUUCGAUGGGAUGCAAUGUUCAGGGCUGCCCUGAAUGGAAUUCCUGGUCGGACUGGUCAGGCUGCUCAAGGACCUGUGGUGGCGGAUUGUCUCGACGGAGCAGAUAUUGCCGAAACGGAACUGGAUGUCCUGGCGAAAGCUACGAAGAAAAAGUCUGCCAAACAGAUAGUUGUCCUUCAUGGAAUCAAUGGGGCUCAUGGUCAACUUGUGAUGCUGAAUGUGACGGCGGAUUCCGCGAGAGAAAACGAUCAUGCGAAAAUGGAAAGCCAGGUCAGCGAGGAUGCUUUGGAGAAUACCAUGUGAAGGCUAAAUGUAACACAAGAGCUUGUCCCAGAUGGGAAAACUGGGCUGAAUGGUCAGAAUGUAGUGUCUCCUGCGGCGUUGGAAAAAAAUAUCGAUACAGAUAUUGCAACAAUGAGGGCGAAUGCAGUGGUGACGAUACUGAUAGCGCUCAGUGUUUUGCCGGAAAGUGUGCGCAAUGGCAAAAUUGGGGAAGUUGGUCAGCUUGCUCCGUAACAUGCGGUAGCGGCGGCAAUCAAAAACGUUACAGAGAGUGUGUUGGAAAGGGAGAAUGCAAGGCAGAUCCGUACACCAAUGAUUUGGACUCACAGUUCCAAUUUUGCCGAGAAGCCAGCAUGUGUCCAUCUUGGGAAGAUUGGUCAAGAUGGAGCUCUUGCAGCGCAACAUGCGGCGGAGGUUCUAGUCAACGAUCUCGAGCAUGCAAUGUUCCUGGCAAAUGUAACGGGCUCAGCACACAAAGAAAAGACUGUAACGAAGAAUCUUGUCCUGUCCCAUCGAGCUGGAAAUCAUGGUCAAACUGGUCACCGUGCAGCGCUUCCUGUGGUGGUGGUUCGAGAAGUCGCUCUAGAAGCUGUUCUGGCAAUUCUUGUAGCGGAAAAGGAGUUGAUUCCGAGUCAUGCAACACAUUCGAGUGUGCGACGCUUGAACCUUGGGGCACGUGGGCGGCCUGCAACUGUGCUUCAAACAGACAGAAGCGAACUCGACACUGUUCUCGUCCAGAUCCGCGAUCGAAGUGUCCAGAUAAUCACGAAGAAUUCAGAAGCUGCGCCUGUUCGACAAGAGCUCCACCAAGAACGUUCACAGAAGCUCAAACGACAACAACUAGCUCUGAUGAAAUGCUUGGAGAUCACGCAGAUGAAUUAAAUAAACUCAAAGGAGAAAACGAGGACGAGGAUGUCUGCACUUUGCUCAAUGUCAAUGGAGAUUGCUUAGACCAUCUUGAAUAUGACAAAGGAGAUAAAAUUGUGGAUAUCCACAGUUGCGACCUACCAGCGUACAUCAUUAAAAACAGUGAAGUCAUUGGCACGGCUGAAAUGGUCAAGGGCACAGCAACAAAAGUCAAGUACUCAUGCGUUGAGAACUACAAAAUCCGAGGAAACAGAAUCGUCGAGUGUCGAUGCCGCGGAACUCGCUGCCGGACGAAGCCAAAGAACCUGCCUAUGUGCGCGCCGGCGGUGAUACAAACCACGAGGCCACCAAUUUUGACAACUCGACUGCAGCAAGUUCGAAAUCCUAUCACCCAGAAAAGUCCCAAGAAAAACCGAGGCAAAAAGCGUCAAGCUGGAAAUAACCGACCAUUUACUCGCUCUCGCUCUCGGAAUGGGAAGAGAUCGCCAAAUAGGUUCUACUGGACUUGGAAUGGAACAAGACGAAGACUUGGCUAA